ACGGGGGAGUUUCUGCGGUUCUGUAUGGGAGACGGAGCUGCUGUGAGCCCUUUUGCGGUAAGGACCAGCCCAAACAGGUCGCCGCCGGGCUCCCCCGGCUGUGCGGAGCCGAUACGGCGCCGCCGCCGCCGCCCGGCUGCCGUCGCGUUUUCGGAGGCGGCUGCCGCUCCGACCCCCGAGUCCUCGCACAGCCCCGGGGUGCUCUCCGCCCCCCUCACCCUCGGGAUUUCUUUUAGCGGGUGCUUCAGUUCUUCAGGCUCUCCUCGGCUGAGCGAGGGCUGUAGCAGAGCCUCUCAUCGUCCGAAGCAGGCAGCUCGUGGAAGCGGAAAGACAGACCGGUCAGGCGGUGGAGUCUCUUUUCGAGGGAGAGAACGGGAACGUAUCGAGCUCCACCUAGGGAUGACUGAAGAACCAGCGGAGCGUUUGUGCGUGAGGCUGAAGAGGCAGGGCGAGGGCUGCAGCGGAGAGCUUUGCCGAGAGGGUUGGCUGGAGCAGGUGUGUGGUUUCCCCAGCAGUGGGAUGAAGGAGGUGAGAGAGGGGGACCCCCAGGCGCGCCCCCUUGGAGGUGGUUUGUGGAGGUCUCUGUGCAGGUUCAGGCCGGAGGCAGGAUGCUGGUGGUGUGAGCGGGGUGCCCCUGUGGAGCAAGGGUGGAAGGUGCGUGGCAGGUCCUGUCCUGGAGGAAUGGAGUUGAUGGAGCGUGGCCCUUUGAUGCUGGAGUGAGGGGUCCUGGUGGGGCUGAAGUCCUGCGUGGAAGAGGGAGAUCCUGGGAGCUGCGAUGCGGAGGAGGAGCGGAGCCAGCAGUGGCUCCUGUGUGGUGAUGGCUGCUUAGUGGUGGUGUUCCUGGUCCUGGGCUGAAAGGAGGAGGAGAAAGCUUUUAGUGCCUUACUUCAAAGCUCAGGCUUGGAUGACCUUGCUGAGGCUGAACAAGAGUACAAAACCUGUGAGUUAAAUGGGUGGAACAAAACUACAGCUGCUGCACCUUACCGGGCCGAGAGUCGUGACCUGAUCUUCCAUCUUUUACACAAAACGAGUCAGAUCUUCAGCUUGCUGCCACGAGUAAUUCACACAUUCUCCAAUUCCUCGUAUGGAAAGAAGGUUUUCUUCUAAGGGAUUGUUCCAAUGCGUAAAAUCAGUGAAUUCACCUGUACAGUAAUGAAAUACUUUCAAUAAUUUCAUGCAAAACUUUCUUUAAGCAGUGCCUUGGGCCAAUCUUUCCAUGUGAGAGCUGCAUCAGUAAAAGUUCUCCUUUUGGUCCA